GCUCCAGAGCCUGCACAUCUGCAUUUCUCCAGCUCCUACCCUCUGUAUCUCACAGGCAUGGUUGCCCAAGUGACCAGCUCCCUGGUCAAGUGCCUGUUGAUCAUACUCGGACUCAUCUCUGUCAUCGUGAAUAUCGUGCUGAUCUGCUUGAACUCAAGCAGGCUUCCAAAAUGUCACCUCCAAGUGCAGGACUCCAUUGCAGCCAACCACACGGACCACAGCAUGGUUUUUGCAGACCUCACGGCACUGGAGUACCUCGCGGUCCGGGAUUAUAUGUGGAACCAGAAAGAUUUGAAGAUUUCCCGUUCUGCAAUUGCAAAGCCAUCAGAAAACUUUCUCUUCUUGAUUGACCUCCUGCUUCCAAAAAAGCAGGAUGCUCUAUUUUAUUUGGACCAACAUGGUCCCAAACCCCAACGCAAAGCCACUGUGGUCGUGUUCUUCGGGCAGUCCUCAUAUCUCAAGGAAUAUGAGGUGGGACCCCUGGAUGGUCACCUCCGUCACCGAGAUGUCACGAAGGAAAGGUACAAUGUGGAGAAUCUACCUUUCACAGCCAGGACAGUGACCAUCGGAGAAUAUGUGGAGCUUUUCAUAUUCCUAGAAUCACAAGUGUUCCAGAAGCUCGAGAAUGAGCUGAGAGAGAGCUUUGGCUACAUCCCAAGGAAGAGGAACCUGAACCCAUUUGAAGGGAUGCCUAGAGGACUGAAGGCAGGAGACCGAAAGACCUGGAUUUCUUUCUUCCGUGACGAAAGCGGGAUAUACAUUCAUCCAGUGGGUUUUGAAGUCUUAAUCAACCACGAGAGUAAAAACUCGUCUGAUUGGAGUGUGCUUAAGCUGCUCUACAAUGGAAAAUACUUUGAAACGCUUGAAAGCUUCAAAAAGGAUUAUGAAAGAGGUCUAGUGACAAAGAUUGUCUACAAGGCGAUUCCGAACUAUGCGUCACUGAAACCGAGAAAGAAGCCCACCGGCUUGAGUCCGCAGCAGUCUUAUUUGCAAGGGAAAAGGUUCAGCGUGAAAAAUAACCAGGUGAUUUACAUGGACUGGACCUUUGCCUUUGGCCUGAGCUCACUAACAGGAAUGCGUGUGUUUGACGUUCGCUUCAGAGGGGAGCGGAUUGCCUACGAGAUCAGUGUCCAGGAGGCCAUGUCCGUCUAUGGGUCCAACACACCUGGCAUGGUCCUCACAAAGUUCCUUGACUCAAGCAUCGGAAUUGGUCGCUUUGCACACGAGUUGGUGAGGGGUGUAGACUGCCCUCAUGUGGCCACCUAUGUUGACGUCUACCGUUACAUCGACACAAAUGUCACACACCGCUUCCGCAAUGCCAUCUGCAUCUUUGAGUAUGAUGUUGGGCGGCCGCUCAGGCGCCACUUCUCAGACUUCUUCUAUAAUAGCUAUGGCGGCAUGCCCAACAGCGCUCUCUACAUGCGCACCAUCACAGCCAUAGGAAACUACGACUACAUAUGGGACUUCAUCUUCUACCAGAGUGGCUCUGUGGAGGCCAGAGUGCAUGCCACCGGCUACAUAUCCUCAUCAUAUAAGAUUGAUGGAAGCCUCAGGUAUGGCCACCAGGUCGCGCAAAAUGUGCUCGGAAACAUCCACACGCAUUUUGUCAACUUCAAGGUGGAUCUGGAUAUUUUAGGUGUAACCAAUAACUUCCUGACGAAAGACAUGGCGUUUGAGGAGGUGUCAUUGCCAUGGACAGCUGAGCGGAAGGUGAAGGUGCCGUACCUGGUCGAAAAGCAGACCAAGACGGAGAGGGAGGCGGCACUGCACCAUGGCACUAAAACCCCCCGCUACCUCCAUGUGGCCAGCAAUCGGACUAACCGCUGGGGUCACGAGCGCUCGUACAGGCUGCAGUUGACCAGCUUUGCUGGAGACCAUCUCCCUGAGAGCGAGCCGGAGGAGAGGAGCAUGUCUUGGGCUCGGUACAAAGUUGCCAUAACGAAGCACAAAGACAAUGAGCCAACCAGCAGCAGCCUGUACGGUCAGAAUUAUAUGUGGGACCCUGUGGUAGACUUCAGCAAGUACGUUGAGGAUGACGAGUCCAUUGUGAACCAGGACUUGGUUGCCUGGGUAACCGCAGGUUUCCUCCACAUCCCACAUGCAGAGGACAUCCCCAACACGGUUACAGUAGGCAACGGUGGCGGCGUCCUCCUGAGACCGCACAACUACUUUGAUGAAGAUCCAUCCAUUCACUCACCAGACGGUGUGUACUUUGAGCCUGGCUCGGAGCAUGACUGUGAGUACAACAAGGUGGCAUGUUUAGAGAAGGAUCUGUGCAGUCCAACACUGGAGCCCUACACCUACAAUGGCUUCGAAGGAGUCAUGAAGUUCGAGGGGUAACUCUUGUGAAUAGUAGCUGUAAGUUAAGGUGACUGGACAUUUCACGGCUCAUCUGAGGGGCUUCGUCAGUUGUGAUCAAUCAGACAUCUUCCAGAUGAGAGCAACAAUGUUAUUCAUGAAGACCCCACCCCCACACCGCAGUUGAUCAGCCAAAAUAUACUUGGUGUCAAAUAUUUGCUUCAUUAGCCUUGCUCUUCAUUAGCUAGGAGGCUAAAGUAGCAGUGAUGAAAAACUUAUACACCCACCAAUUACCAUGCUUAGAUCAUCAUCUACAUGCCUGGAACCAUGUGGAGUAUCUCUGAUAGACUUGAUUAUGUGGUUUCUGACACUGUAUCACUUAGUCUUAUCUGUAAACAUGGACUUAAGUAGAGACAAAAUUCUAGCCUGAAAAAUUUCAAGAUAGCUACUAAUACUGUUUUAGCUUUGUACAGCUGUCAAAUAAACCUGAAAAGGUGUACAUUAAGGAAGAAUAGACACUGAAAUGCAUAUCAUUGAAGAGUCAUUGAUUAGCCUGCUUCACCCACAUAACAGUGAGCCUCUGUCUAACUAGAGCUGCACUGGUCUGCCUCAUGGUGGCACUGUAGCAAAUUGGUUGCAAGUUGGUCAUUCAUAGCCUAGAAAUUUAGAGGUACCUCUCAAAAACUUUACAGCAUAGUGCAAAAGGUAAAUGUAAAUGUGAAAACUGGCUCACAAUCCCCAGAGUUUGGUGGAAAGAAUAAACUGUUAGCCAGGUCCCAAACUGAACACAAGAGAUGUGUCAGAUCUGAGUUAAAGCUGCACUAUGGAAGGUUUUUUGGUAAAAAAAAAAUUAACAGCAUCGCUGAGUCAGAGGCCAGAGGCGUCAGGCUGGGAGUUUUUCAGGCCACUGUAUGUCUUUGCUAUAAUUCACAGGCUCAAAAAGAAAGUCCAGCUUGAUGUUCAGGUCUCAAACACAAAAUUAACAUUAUGCUGAUGAAGAUGUGAUGAAAAAAGUACAACCCCAAUUCCAAUGAAGUUGUGACGUUGUGUAAAACAAAUAAAAACAGAAUACGAUGAUUUGCAAAUCCUUUUCAACCUAUAUUCAAUUGAAUACACUACAAAGACAAGAUAUUUAAUGUUCAAAAGGAUAAACUUUAUUGUUUUUUGCAAAUAUUCACUCAUUCAACUCUGGAAUGGCCAGCUAAUAUGGGACCCCUUUGAUAACCAGGAGGUAUUUCACACACCAGCUAUGGGAUGUACUGUCAUAGACAACAAUAUGUCAAACAGUGAAAGGUGUUUUAAUGUUGCUAACUAAUCAUUCAGAAUAGCUGCUGCUGCAGCUGUAAAAUUCAGUUGCUUUGUUAGCUACGUUAGCCUCACAGCUCCAGCUCAAAGCUAAGCAAACUUCAAGCACCAAACAUGUCUCAACUGAUCAACACUUUAACCCCUUUGGUAGGCCCAGAGUUUAUUACACACUCCUAUAAUAUAAGAAGAGCUCAGCCAGUUUGCAUUGAUGCCCUUGUAGUUACUGAAGAAUAAGCCUUAGCAUGUAAUAAGUCUGGGAUUUUAAGGGGUUAAACCUCAAGUGCAGUCACCUUGAUUUGUAAUUAGUAGGUAGUUCAAUGAGCCACAUAAUUAAAAACCUUUGGAUAAACUCUUUUUAGUCCUUUUUUCUCCUUUUAACCACUAUAUUAAGUCCAAUACUUAAGUAUUGUGAUUGUAUAUUUGUUACAUUUGCAUUUUUCAUUUGAUUGUUUGAGUUUUUUCUAUAUUUUUUUAUUUUGUGAUAUCAACUAUUGAUACAAUUUUUCUCUGUAUUAUUUUUUUUAUAAUUAAUAUCAAAUGCACUGCAAAAAACGGAUAUUAACAUUAAACACAGACAUUAACAUUCAUUAACUCUAUAUUCAGCACCUGGUGUAGUGAUAUAGCUUUACAUAGCUGUGUAGUCUGCAGUACUAGUUUGUGGAAGAUCAUCCAAACCUGCCUCAUUAUGAAUUUCUGUACAUUUAAUUAGUACAUACUGGUUUAUGCAGAGGAUUUCAUUAUGGACAAUUUUAAAGGGCUCAUAUCAUGGAAAAACUACAUGUUCUUCACUUUUGUAAAAUAAAAGACUUUGUAAAAAUUG